AUGUCUGCCAGGAAAUUUGCUGAUGAAGAAUCAGAUCAAGAGUCUUCUAAUGAAGAAGAAGAUCGCAAAAAAGCAGUUUUCCGUAGACAGUUCUUUGAGGACAGUUCAGACGAGGAAGAAGACAAAAGAGUAGUUCGAUCUCAAAAGGACAAAAGAUGGGAAGCAUUAGCCACACAUUGUAAAACCAUCAAAAACAAGCUAAGGAUCCAAGAUUACGUAUCGAUUUUCUCUGAAUGGGAAGAAUUAUGCAAGCAGAUCCAAAAAUCCCAAAAUAUUAUUGAGUCAGCUGGUCUUCCAAUAUUUUCUAUUUUUUUUUUAAAAAAAAUAUUUAUUUUCUCCUAAAAUUUCAUAAAAAAUCGUCUUCCAAUCUUCUUUGUCCGAACUUUAGUGCGUCUUGAAGAUGCCAUCUUAAACGUCACAAAGGAAGCUCAAAAGAAAAUGAGCACGACCAACUCCAAAGCCUACACCAAGCUUAAGCUAAACCUCAAAAAAUACAACAAAACCUACGAAGAAGACAUCGCAAAAUUCCGAGCCAACCCUGAAGAAUCUGAAGAGUCUGAAGAAUCCGAAGAGUCUGAAGAAAGCGAAGAAGAAAAAGCCAAAGAAAGCGACAGCGAAGAAAGCGAAGAAUGGGGCUCUGGAAGUGACGAAGAAAGCGAAGAAGGGGAAAGAGACCUCUCAGACCCUACCAGCCGCAGAGCAUUCUGGACUAUCAAGCAGCCAAAAGAAGGCGCUGAAGAAAAAAAAGAAAAACCAGUAGAAAAACCUCAAGAAAAGCCUAGACCAAGAGUAGUCGAAGAAGUAAAAAAAGAAGAAAUAAAAAUUGAAUACACUUCAGAUGUGAUAUCAGCUAAGCUGAAAGAACUGAUGGACAUAAGAGGAAGAAAAGCCGUUAACCCUAAAGAACAAAUUGAACAUUUAAAGACAUUACUGAGCCAUUGUGAAAACACUGACUUAAGGAUUCAGAUUUUGCAGCUUAUUGUGAGACAUGAAUUUGAUUUGACGAAAAAUACAGUCUUGGUGAUUAUGCCUAGGGAAUUGUGGCUUUCUACGAUAAACCACCUUAAUAGCUUGCUAAAUAUUUUCAGCCCUGUGAAAGAAGAUUUAAAGGAUGACCUUGAUGAUAUCAAAAAGUCAAUUAUUCAGGGAUUAGCACAUAGUGCAGAUAGGCUGCAUGAUGAGUUGCAAAAAGCAUUGAAAUUGGCUGACCCACAGACGACGGAAUAUAUUGAAAGACUUGGAGACCAUCUGGCCUUGGAUAAGGUUGUUAGAAGAAUUUAUAGUAAAAUAAAUAAAUAGAGGCAAAAAAUAUAAAGUGUAGGAGAAUAUUGAGAGAUAAUAAGAUAAUAGAUAGUGGGAAUUUUUAAUAAAUUAUAGGGAAAAGGAUACAAAUUUUAUGAUAAGCUAGAAGACUUUGAAAAUGUAGUAAAAAUGGCUUUAAUCCUCAUGGAGGAAUUUUACUAUGUCCAUAAAAAUCUUUUAGAACAAAUGAAGAAAAAAUAUACAGGGGCUGAAAAAGAGCUAUAUUUCCAAUGUGAGGACUCUGAAGCUGAAUUUUCAAGGUUGGCAGACUUAGUGAUCACUCAUGGAGACGCAAAGCAAAAAGUAGCUGCUGCUUUAAUGCAGGCUUACAGGUUGGCUUUACAUUCAAAUUUCACUGAUGCUAAAAAUCUAUACAAUUUUAUAUAGUUAAAUACAUAAAAAUUGAGUAACUGAACAAAUAAUUAUUUUGAUAAAAGGGACAAAUUUUCCUUCUAAUGGCUAAGAAAGCUCCAUAGGAAUAUUCUUAAAAACAGAUUUCAAUGAAAAAGUCUUAUCAGAACCAAACAUCCAAGUCCUCUACAACAGAGCACUAGUCCAAAUCGGCCUUUCUGCAUUCUAUAGUGGGCUUAUUGAAGCUUCUUUUACAAUCCUCAACGAAAUCGUAUCAACUCACAGGCUUAAAGACCUCCUCGCACAAGCAAUUUCAGCAGCCAAAGAAAAAACAGCCCAACAAGAGCGUGAUGAAAGAAAAAGACUUGUCCCUUACCACAUGCAUAUAAGGACAGAUUUAGUCGAAACGGCUUAUUUUAUAUGUGCAAUGAUCAUUGAUAUUCCUAAAAUUGCUCAAAAUCCAUAUGAUGCAGACCAGCUUACCAUUAGUAAAUAUUUCAAAAAAUUAUUAUAAUAAUUCCUUAUAAAUGUUUACAAUGGAAAUUUAUUAUAAGGCAUUUAAGCUAAAAAGUAUAGAUUAUCAUCAAAGGCAAGCUUUAUCUGGGCCAGCUGAAGGACUUAGAGAUUAUAUUUUGGAAGCUGCUUUAGAGUUGAGAAAAGGAAAGUGGAAAGAAUCAAUUCAGCAGCUAAAUAAGCUUGACAGCUGGAAAUGGAUGCCGGAUCAUGAAAGUGUAAAAAGCAGAAUUUUUUCACGGGUAAAAGAAAGCGCAUUGAUUACUUAUAUUUUGACUUAUGGAGAUAAUUAUGAGUCUUUCAGCAAAACUCAGCUGUCAAAGAAGUUUGACUUAUCUGAGGACGAAAUCGUGAAUAUACCGAUUAAAUGGACUAUUAGCUUGACUACUAUAAAAUUUUAUAAUGAUUUUCGAAUCAGGAGAAGGAUUUAUAAUAAAAAAAAGGAAAAUAGUUAUUUUUAUAGGAAAUAUAAUCACCAAUGCGAUUUCUAACUGUGGAUUGCAAGCAGGAUGGGAAGGAGAAGUCUUGACUCUUCAUUUCAAUAAGCAACAAGAAACAGAAUAUCUAGCUGAACAAAUUAAAGAAAAAGCAAAAGAGCUCAAAGAAAUCAAUGAAAAAUUGCAAGAGUUCCAAGGGUUUAUAACUCAAGCAACCCAAGAAAUGACGGUGAGGAAGCAGCAACAGCCUACAAUUAAGAAAAAGAAAGUUUUUAGUGGAAAAUAA